AAAAACUCUUUCUCUUUCUAUUUUAACAAAGAGAGGAAGCGUCCAACAGACAAAUAAUAUCUUUAUGAUCAAAGUUUAUGAUAGUUUUACAUACUGGUAUAGUUUUGCUUGUACAGGCACAUUUUUUACACCCACAGCUGUAAACACGCAGAGGUUUGCUAACACACUUUGUUUUUCCUGAAAGCGAAAGUAACUUGGACAGUACGAACAUGGGAGUUGAAGGAUGUUCAAAAUGUGUCAAAUAUUUACUGUUUAUCUUGAACCUUCUGCUCUGGAUUGCGGGUACAGGUGUCCUGGCUGUUGGAAUUUGGCUGAGGUUGGAUCCCAAGACUAAAAGCUUUUUUUAUUAUGAAAACUCUCCUUAUGUCUUUUACACCGGGGUUUACAUUCUCAUUGCCGCUGGCGCUUUGAUGAUGGUAGUGGGGUUUUUUGGAUGUUGUGGAGCCAUCCAGGAGUCCCCAUGCAUGCUGGGAGUAUUCUUCUUCUUUCUCUUGGUCAUAUUUGCAGUUGAAGUGGCUGCUGGAAUUUGGGGCUUUUCCAACCAGACCAAGGUUAUUGAUGAAAUAACCGCUUUCUACAAAGAGACAUAUGACAACUACAACAACACUAAACAGGACGCGCUAAGAGAGACGCUUCGUGUUAUCCAGCAUGGACUGAACUGCUGUGGCCCUUCAAGAACUAUGACGAUUGCUGAUGACACCUGCCCCAAAAAAGAGGGGCUUGAUGUACUCAUUACGAAGAGCUGCCCUGAUGCCAUUGAAGAAGUCUUUAACUCCAAGCUACACAUCAUCGGAGGUGUUGGAAUUGGCAUUGCAGUGAUUAUGAUCUUUGGCAUGAUCUUCAGCAUGUUGCUGUGCUGUGCCAUCCGAAAAACCCGUGAGAUUGUGUGAGGGUGUCGUCGCCAGUGUAUUUGUGUUGCAUGAUGUCUGUCCCAAAGCACUGUCGUGAACAUGACCUCAUCAGUUAGGUAGAUCAGCGGCAAGCACACAAUCUCUACACUUUACGAUGGGAAUUCACUCUUUAUCUUAGUUCAGGCAGCUCUGUGACAGUGUACAAUUGUGAUAAAUGAGACCACAGAAUUGGUUUAGCGUUUCAAACGCAUUCAAUAAGGCCUUUCGAGUAUUUUUUUAUAUUUUUUUAUCGCUCAUAGUAGAUUUUACAGAAUAACCAUUGUUUGCUUUGUUGUAUUUGCAGUAUUGCUUGGAAUGAAUUGUUAUGAACUUUUCUAAUGGUUUUCGGAUUUGUGUAUAGGGUUGAUUUGAUUUACAAACAUCGGUGCAUACGGCUCCAAUAAAGCCAAAUUCAACAUUA